UACAAUAGUAAUUUAAGUAAAGGAGUUUCCUCAUCAUUUCACCUUUAAAAAAAUAAUAGGAAGCUGUAAAAACGGACAGUAGAUAAAAAUAUGGUAAAAUCCGUGUUAAUAAUUUAAUUCAAUCGGAUUUAUUAAGCGAAUUGAGGAACUAUUUUAUAAUAGCAAUAAUUUCUAUGAAGUUAUAGUAAUAUUCUUACCGCCCAGGACAUCCGGGCCAUCAGAGGGCAGCACUGAGACCUGGUUGAGUUUAUUUAAAUUCAGGGAUUUUUAUCAUUCUAACUGGAGUAAACCACCAGCCGUGAGUGUUUGGGAUAUACGCCUGUGUAUGUGACCCAGAGGAUCAAACUGAACCUAAACAGAACCGUUUUCUCUGGUUAAAAAAAUGCAUCCGAUCCGAGUGUCGAUCCCAUCGUUCCGUUCGGAGAACAGUUCUGCUGAGAAAGGAUUCACGGUCUUUAAAAUUGACGUACUGGUGAAUGGCAGAUUGCACAGUGUUGAGAAACGCUACAGUGAAUUCCACGCUUUGCACAAAAUGCUGAAAAAAAGCAUAAAACCUCCAGAAAUCCCUUCGAAGCAUGUCAGAAACUGGGUCCCCAAAGUUCUGGAGCAGAGGAGGCAAGGCUUGGAGCUCUACCUGCAGACUGUAAUUAUGGAAAAUGAGGUCCUCCCGAAGAUAUUCCUGGAUUUCCUAAACAUCCGCCAUUUUCCUUCAGUGCCAAAAACAGAAAGCUGCGGCUCCUUUGACACAGAAUCUGUGGAAUCAAGACUGUCUCAUCAGCCAGUCAUGGUGUAUCUCAGAGAUCCAUACCUGCUGCCCUCUGCACACGAUACAUUCUCCAACGUUGUGAUUGAAGGCGUGGUGCACGGAGUUUUUUACCCUGACCUUCAGCCAAGGUAGAGCCUCUGAGAGCUGGAGGGCACGUCACCAUAAAACGGAUGCUUCCCACCAGCUUUGGUGUGCGCCAGGAAGAACAUAUUACAAGAUAACCUGAGCCUCAUUUUUUUUGCUCACAGGCAUACAAUGAAAACCCCAUAAUUAUUUAGAUUUUUUAACUGAAAUGAUAGCUGGAUGAAUCACUACAUUUUAUACAUCUACACUAACUUAUGUUUUGCUAAUUUUUCCAUGUGAUUUUCACUUUAAAACUGUUUUAAAAUGUAAACUCUAUAAGAAAUAGUCUGAUAGGUAAAUCUAAAUAGUUGCAGUAAAUUACCUGAGAAUUAGUACUUUUAGUAGGAAAGUGAUAAACAAGUAUGAUUUAUGAGGCUUAUCCAUCUAGGGAAGGAUUCAGUAGAAAUGUUCAGAAGUUAGUGCAUUUAUCUUGGAAGGUAAUUGCCUUGGGGAUUGAACAGAGGGUCUAAAUACUUACAUGUAUUUCUUGUUAUUUGUCAUGAAGGAGCCAGUUGAGGGAGAACAGCAGGAAUGAUGUGACCGCUUUCUUUGCAGGACGGAAGUCUGUCCCUGCAUUCUGGUGACGCUGACAGCAAAGUGGCGCGUUUAAAUAUAGAUCCUGCAGGGAUGUGGACCUUUAUCUGUGGUUAUAAAUGUUUUCUCAGAUACUGAAUGAGCUGCUCAGUGCCAAGUAGUCGUGAGCUGGAGGUUUUUAGAUAAGCAGGCAGUUUAAAACUAAACUACAACAUCUUUUAAAUAUGUGUUGUAAUCUAACUAACAUAAAUGUUGCCUUUAUAGAAAUUGCUAUUAUACCAGCUUUGUGAAAUAAAUGGAUUAAGACUUAGUUCCUUGUACAGAACCUGAUACAUAAAACUCCCUUAUCAAAUAUUGGCACCCCCCUGGUAAAAAGCCUUCAAAUAAGUGGUCGUUAUGGGGACUUCUACAUCUCAUGGGGUCUUUCUUAACCUCUUAACUUUUGCUUGACCUUAUUUUAUGGUUGUUUAUUUUCUCUUUACACAGAUUUCCUAGGUGUGCAAAUGUUUGAACAUUUUUAGCUUUGGUUUCUGCUGCCUGCUGACGAUUUACAAACCUUAAUGAGAUCAUAGUGAACCUGCUUGGCAUCUGUUUCAAAGCAGAGGUUGCCACUCUAUCAAUAAGUAAAAUAAAAUCAAAACUCCUGAGGUCACAGUACUUAAGAAUAGUGUUUUAUGGCUUGUCAGUGUAACUAAUUUAUUUUCUAUUACAAUUUAUGGCAUGAACCUAAAACAAGACUUUUUACUGUGAGAGAAAAACAAAAGGGACAGCCUAUAUACUCACUUGAAUAUUCAGUCACAUUUUUUUAUUUUUAGUUGUCAGCUAUGCAAAACAGGUUUUGAGCUGUUACUGUGAAGCUGCUUCUGUACCAAUCCCAUCUUUGUAGCUGUGGGUUAAAGUAUAUUUCUACACAGACUCAAAUCAUUUUCUGUUUUUUCUUCCUAAAAACCAGCAUUUAGACUAACUUCAGUCAUGUUGCAUUAAAAAGAAAAAGGCUAAUAUACCCUCAAUUGGCCAAUUGUGGAGUUAUUGUUGGAGUCGAGAUGCAAAGGGUGCUUUGUUUUAUCGUGAGUUUUUGAAAAGUUGGCAACUGGAAAUACUUGCAGCCAGUAACGUGUUGUGCAAUAUAAGGCAAGGCAACUACUUCUUAUUGUUCUGUGCAAGCUAUCCGCUACAGCUGUGAAACUACAGCGUGUUGCAAGUGACUUUGUUUGAACAGCAGUCGAUGAUCAGUGGUCUAAUCUGUUUUUUUUUUUCUCAGCUGGAUCUUCAUUUCUCAACAGUGAAACACAAGAUAUUUUUGAAUUAGUCAAAUUAAGUUAAAUAAAUCAUUAUCUAAAGGCACAUGAUGAGUAUUUAUUUGUAUGUAUUUAUUGUGUAACUCUGAGCGUGUCGUGUCUGUACCAUAAUACCAAACUACAAUAAACCCUGAAUCUACUGUUGCACACUAAAAUAUUCUUUGUAACAUACAAACACUAAUAAAAUCAUGAUUUACA